AUGGCAGGAGACGCAGAAGACCGCGCCGCGCUCGUCAACCGACAGCUCCCAGAGAUGACACUGUCGACAGCAGACAACCCUCUUACAGCGCCUAGACCACCACCAGAGAGCCUCUCCACCGCAGAGAGAGCGCAGUAUAGGUUCCAGGUCAAGGGCAAUGCGAUCAUAACCGGCGGCGCCGGCACCCUCGCCCUCGAGGCCGCAGCCGCCCUCCUCGAACACGGCGCUACGGGCCUUGCUCUCUGGGACAUGAACCCGGACCAAGCCUUCGAAAGCGUCAAGAAACUGCACUCACGGUUCCCUUCCGCGCGCAUCAUAACGGAAGCCGUCGAUGUACGCGACGAGAAAGCCAUCGCUUCAGCCGUAGAAAGCAGCGUAAAGGUGCUGGGCAGCAUAGACAUGCUCUGCUGUUUCGCCGGCGUGGUAGGCUGCACACACGCGAUUGAGAUGGCGGCAGAUGAAUGGAGGCGCACCCACGAUAUCAAUCUCACUGGCUCUUUCCUCUGCGCGCAAGCUGUCGCAAAGCAGUUUCGUGCGCAGGGGACGGGGGAGAUGUCCCUCAUGUGCAAGGACAUCAUGAUUCAGGAAUGA